CAGUCAUAAAUAAGAGCUGACAGUGGUUAUAAGGUGCUACUGCACAAAAAUUUUCAUUCAGUUUAAAGCAAGAAGCAUCUAAGAGCACACUAAACAAACCAAAAUGAGCAAAGCAGAGUGGGAAAAUAAUGAAGAAAUUAAGAUCUUCCGUGAAUAUCUACAAAUUCCAUCCGUGCAUCCAAACAUUGACUACACACCAUGCGUAGAAUUCUUGAAAAGACAGGCUGAGAGUCUCGAUCUCUCGGUGCAUGUGGUUUAUCCAGCCAAUGAAAAUAAUCCAGUCGUGAUUCUGAAGUGGGAGGGCAGCGAGCCAGAGCUGCCUUCCAUUAUACUGAACUCCCACAUGGAUGUGGUUCCUGUGGUAACCGAAAAGUGGGAACACGAUCCCUUCGGUGCUGAAAUGGAUGAUGAGGGCCGCAUUUUUGCUCGCGGUACGCAGGAUACAAAACAAAUUGGAACACAAUAUCUAGGUGCCAUUCGUGCCCUCAAAGCAGAAGGAUUCCAGCCAAAACGCACAGUGUAUGUGACCUUUGUACCCGAUGAGGAGCUUGGCGGUCACCUUGGCAUGAAAGAAUUUGUCAAGGAUGACUACUUCAAGAGCAUGAAUGUGGCCUUUAGUUUGGAUGAAGGAUCUCCCAGCUUGGAUGAGAACUACUAUGUAUUCUAUGCAGAGCGAACUGCCUGGCCCAUCAGAUACAAAUUCAGUGGAACUGCCGGCCAUGGUUCUAUCUUGCUUCCACACACUGCGGGCGAAAAGCUUCAUUAUGUUUUAAAUAAGAUGAUGGAGUUCCGUGCAUCACAGGUGAAGAUGUUAACAGAUGAUCCCGAUCUCUUCAUGGGGGAUGUGACCACGCUGAAUCUUACCCAAGUAAUCGGUGGACAGCAGAACAAUGUGGUUCCUGCUGAACUGGAAGUAAUCUUUGAUUUACGCAUUGCCGUCACGGCUGAUCUGGAAGCCAUGGAGCGAAAAGCUCUUCAGUGGUGCGAGGAAGCAGGUGGCGGUGUUGAGCUCAUCUUUGAACGCAAAGAUGACUUUGUGCCACCUACGAAAAUUGGUGCAUCAAAUCCAUUCUGGGUUGCAUUUGAGAAUUCCAUGAAUGAGCUGAACUUGAAAUUCCGUCCACAAGUGUGUCCCGGUGGAACAGACAGUCGCUAUCUACGCCAACAGGGAGUCGCAUCAUUAGGAUUCUCGCCAAUGAACAACAACACGCCCAUCCUAGCCCACGAUCACGAUGAAUAUAUAACUGCCGAAAUCUAUCUGCACGGUAUUGAGGUCUACAAGAAGAUAAUUCCAGCUAUAGCCAAUGCAUGAAAAGUCAGCAUCAAAUUUACGCCUUUACAAUUAACAUAUUUUUAAAUUUAUGACAUUAAUAAACAAAUGUUCAAAUUUGAAAACAAAUAAACCAAAGAUAAAGUUAUCACAAAA